AUGCAAUCAUGGGCCGGCGGAGGCAGCCGCUCGCUUUUCUGCACAUUGCGAUCAUGCAUUCCCAUUCGGCCUGCUGAGCAGCAUUGCACCGCUGUCGCUCCCCUUCUACGCUUCCAAAGACUGUACAGCCCAAUAGGUGCACCAUCCGAGCGGCAUUUCACAACGUCUUCUACCCUCCAGCGAUCAAAACGAGAGAAAAAGGGCAAGGAGCCGAAGGUCAAGCCUGAUGAUACCCCGAAACCUCCCCGCAAUGGCUCCUUGAGACCCAGCAGACAGCGUGUUGCAGACUUUAUUGCAUUGGUGGAAGCCGCAGUAAACGAUGUGAGGCAAAAACUCCUCAAGUCUGGAGAGAUGUCCGAAGGGUGGAAGCAUAUCGAACGCCGGGUGUUGAAUGCCUGUCGGAUGGAUGAGACGAAAGCGGAUUCGGGUUCGUUACGCCAGGUCAAGAGUUCUCUACAAAGGGCUUUUCUUGCUUCGGGAGUGCAGGGUUUGCGAAACGAGCUGGAAUAUCUCAACUAUGCCGAUCGUACCACGAAGAAUUACUCGACUCCGAACCUCGAGUCACAGAAGAAAUGGGCCGACCUCCGCUAUCCGGCCGAAUGGUACCCCAACGCACGCUCUAUCCAACGGACAGUUCAUCUUCAUGUCGGCCCCACGAAUUCCGGAAAGACAUACCACGCUCUGAAGCGACUGGAAGCAAGCAAAUCGGGGUUCUACGCGGGGCCGUUGAGACUGCUUGCACAGGAGGUGUAUCAUCGUUUCAAGUCGAGUGGUGUUCCAUGCAGCCUGGUGACCGGUGACGAGGUCAAGGUUCCCGAGGAUGGCCAGGUGCCCCGCGUCAUGAGCAACACGGUGGAAAUGGUCAGCCUAGGACAAGAGUUCGAUGUGGGGGUCAUCGAUGAGAUCCAGAUGAUUGCGAAUCCGAGACGAGGAUGGGCGUGGACGCGAGCUGUACUUGGAGCUCAAGUCAAGGAGUUGCAUCUCUGCGGUGAAACGCGUGCAGUGCCGUUGAUUCGGGAGCUCUGUGCGCUCACAGGGGACAAUUUGGAAAUCCACCGCUACCAGCGACUGAACGCUUUGGAAGUCAUGCCGCAUAGUUUAAGAGGGAAUUUAAACAACCUCCGCAAGGGCGAUUGCCUGGUGUCGUUCUCCCGAGUUGGAAUUCACGCCUUGAAGGCCGACAUCGAAAGAAUAACUGGAAGACGAGCAGCCAUUGUUUACGGUGGCCUGCCGGCUGAGAUCCGCACUCAACAGGCUAAUUUGUUUAAUGAUCCGGACAAUGACUAUGAUUUCCUCGUCGCAAGCGACGCGAUUGGCAUGGGAUUGAACCUGAGCUGCAAACGUGUCAUCUUCGAGACUUUGAUCAAACGUAUGCCUGGUGGUCUGCAAAGACUUUCUGUCCCAGAGAUCAAGCAGAUUGGUGGACGUGCGGGCCGGUAUCGUCCAGCCGGUGCCACGAACGACACGGAAGACGGAGCCAACGUAGGCCUGGUCACAUCUCUUGAAGAAGUCGACUUGCCCUAUAUUCAACGGGCCAUGAGUAUGGAACCCGCUCCACUCCGUGCUGCUGGUAUCAUACCCCCGGAUGCUACGUACAAGAAGUUUGCCACCUACUUCCCGAGAUCUACUCCAUUCGAGUAUCUGGUCAGGCGCGUUGGGGAACUCGCCGAGCUCAGCCCCCUUUUCUUUAUGUGUGACGCGCAGGAUUUGCUCAACAAUGCUGAAAUCAUUGACAACGUGGCUGGCCUACGGCUUCAGCAGCAAUUGACACUCAUGGCCGCCCCCAUGGACACAAGAAACCCCAAUGGGUAUGACGCCAUCUGCGCAUUUGCUGAAUGCGUGGCCGAGAACUCACGCGGACGAUUGUUGGAUAUUCCUACUCUUAACUUGGAGGUGUUACAAGAACCUGUUUCCGGAAACAAGGAAUAUCUGCGCCAAUUGGAGGACCUGCACAAAGCCAUUAUUCUCUACUCAUGGCUGGGCUUCCGCUUCGGUGGUGUGUUCACGGACCGGACUCUCGCCGCGCAUGUCAAGGAGCUUGUGGAGGAGAGAAUGAUUCGGGCAUUGACCGAGUUCUCUGCUAACAAGAAGCUGCGCAAGGAUGCUUCUCUGCGGCGCCAAAUUGCCCUGCAGAAGCAGCUCCUCGAGCAAGGAAAAGUCGACUUUGAUGAUGAUGGCGAGUCUGAUGGAAGAGAAGGGGAAGUGCAAAGAAGCCAAGCGGAAGAAGGCUCUUCGGAGAUGCCGAGUACACUAUCCGAGGCUGAUCUGACAGAAGGAGAGACUUCAGAAAGCUCAGACACCGACUAUGAUGAGUUCUAUUUGGAGGAAGAGAGCUCUUUGAAGAGCUCCGUCCCCAGGCCGAAGCAGUUACAAAAGGGGCAGACCUCUACUGUGUAA